UUGCACGUUGCACGCACCCAUGCGCACCGUGCACCGUGCAUCGUCAACGUCAACCGUCAACUGUACCGCCCUGUUUUUCAGAGAUCGAGCACGCACACGAGAAAUUCUACACGCGCUUUGAAUGUCGCAUGAUUUGUCCGAAGCGGCACGCAGAAUAUCGAGUUGUUCAGGAAGCUUCAACGAACGCUUCGGUGAAUCCAAUCGCCGAGACAAUCUAUCGGAACGUGGGAUAAAAGAGUCGAUAUAAAGCUGAACGGAGCAGUCGUCCACUGCAGCGAGCCAACAUGCAGGAAUCUCAGCCGAAAAAGGGCAAAAAAGGUAGGAGAAAGCGUAAUGAUAGUGACGAAGACAUUCAACAAGUAUUGGCAGAGUUGGCGCUGGAAUAUUCUGGAGAGAAACCAAAUAAUGACAAUAAAAUUGAAAACAAUUUGGAAUCAAAUGAACAAAAGAUUGAUGAUGAAGAUAAAAAGAAAAAAGGGAAAAAGGAUAAAAAAAAGGAAAAGACUGAAAAAGAAUACAUUAAAGAUGAAGCUGUCGCCCGCCAAGACGAGAUAGCCGCUGCACAUACAACCGAAACAAUGAAUAGAGAAGCGAUAAAUAAGGCAGUGCCUUCCAAUAAUAUGGCACUAUUAGAUGAUACUGAUGUGGAUAUUGAAGUUAGUACUGUAAAAACAGCAGCACAAAAGAAAAAGGAGAAGAAGGAAAGGGAGAAGCAAAAGAAAUUGGCUCAAAAAAAAAUAGAAGUCACUAAGGAAACUAACAAGCAGGCAGAGAAUGGUGAAACAGUCAAUACCUUUGAUGAGAAAAAAAAUGAUAAAAUGGUAUCAGAAAAGAAACAGGACACUGUGGAAGCUGAUGGCGAUAUUGUUGAACUUGAAGAUGAUUCAAAGAAGAAAAAGAAAAAAGUUAAGGAAGGAACUAAAGAAAAAGGCAAAGGUCCUGGAAAGAAAACUAUUGCUGCUAUGCAGGAGGCUUUAAGGAAAUUAAAAGAGGAGGAGAGAUUAAAACGCGAGGAAGAAGAAAGGAUACGGCAAGAGGAAUUACGGGAGCAAGCAAGGCAGGAACAAUUGCGUCUUGAACAAGAGCGUAAAGAAAAGAAGAAAUUGAAAGAAAAACAACGGAAAGAGAGGCUGAAAGCAGAAGGAAAGUUUUUGACAACAAAACAAAAGCAAGACAGAGCUAGAGCACAAGCGAUGAUUGAAGCGCUUAAAGCUCAGGGUAUGGACUUGCCAGAUGUAGGAGAAAAAAAGCCUAGACCAGGAACUCGAAUUAGGCCAAACAAAAUUAAACAACAAGGUAGUAUAGAGAAAAAAGAGGAAGAAAAAAUUGAGACACCAGCGGCUCAAGUACAAGUAGAAAUUGUAGAUGAACCGAUAAAAGAAAUGAAGGAGGAGAAAAAAGAAGAAGAUGAUGUCAAGGAUUCAUGGGAUGCUGACACCACUGAAGAUGAACAGGAAGAUGAAGAUAAAUCGGACAAUAAUCUCAAGAUAAUCGAAACAGCAGAAGAAGCUGUUCAAAAAGUGUCUACUAUUGCUGACAUGGAAAAGAAAGAGUCUUCCGAAAGUGAAAUAGAAAGCGAAAGUGGGAGUGAAUCUGAAUCUGAAGAAGAUAGUGAACAAAAUAGUGAGGUGGAGGAUAGAGUGCCAGAUGCUGCACAUAAAAAGGAACGUGCCAGAGAACGAAUUCAGAAUCGUCGUAUAGAAGCUGAAAAGAAGAAAUCUUUAGAUAAUCUGAGAGCUGCCGUAGUUUGCGUUUUAGGGCAUGUAGAUACUGGCAAAACCAAAAUCCUGGAUAAACUCAGGAGAACGAAUGUGCAAGAUGGAGAAGCUGGUGGUAUAACUCAACAAAUUGGUGCUACUAAUGUACCAAUUGAAGCUAUCCAGGAUUCGACAAAGCAUGUAAAAGGCUUUGCUGACAAGAAAUUUAAAAUUCCUGGUCUCUUGAUCAUAGAUACACCUGGUCACGAAUCAUUUAGUAAUCUCAGGAGCAGAGGAUCUUCUCUUUGCGAUAUAGCAAUUUUAGUUGUAGAUAUUAUGCAUGGAUUGGAACCACAAACUAUAGAAAGCAUCAAUUUAUUGAAAGCAAAGAAAUGUCCUUUUGUUGUUGCCCUUAAUAAAAUUGAUAGGUUAUACGAUUGGCAAACUAUGAGCCGUAAAGAUGUUCAAGAUAUAGUGAAGAAUCAAGCACCUAAUACUCAGCGAGAAUUCGAAAAGCGGUCAAAAGAUGUAAUUGUGCAAUUUGCUGAACAAGGUCUCAAUGCGGCAUUGUAUUAUGAGAAUCCAGAUCCUAGGAAUUAUGUAUCUUUAGUUCCUACCAGUGCUAUAACAGGCGAAGGCAUGGGUAAUCUAUUGGCGUUAAUAAUUGAUGCCUGUCAGGGUCCUCUGGCUAAGAGAUUGAUGUACAGUGAAGAACUUCAGGCUACUGUAUUAGAAGUCAAAGCAUUGCCGGGACUCGGCACUACGAUAGACUGUAUUCUAGUCAAUGGAAUGUUAAAAGAAGGCGAUACAGUCAUUAUCGCUGGUACGGAUGGACCUAUCGUAACGCAAAUUCGCUCGCUUCUUAUGCCGCAACCGUUAAAAGAAUUAAGAGUGAAGAGUGCAUACAUCGAACAUCGCGAAGUCAAAGCAGCUCAAGGAGUGAAAAUUGCCGCAAAGGACUUGGAGAAAGCCAUUGCUGGAUUGAAUUUACAAGUUGCACAAAAACCAGAUGAAGUGGAUGUUUUAAAAGAAGAAAUAGCAAAGGAGUUAUCUAGUGCUCUUGGAAAUAUACGAUUAGCCGAACGAGGAGUUUACGUUCAAGCAUCAACUUUAGGAGCUCUUGAAGCUUUGCUAGACUUUUUGAAGAGCAGUAAAAUACCGUAUUCCGGAAUUCGUAUCGGACCGGUCGUCAAGAAAGAUGUCAUGAAAGCUUCUAUCAUGCUGGAACACGAUAGCCAAUACGCCACGAUUCUCGCAUUUGAUGUGAAAAUCGAGAGAGACGCGCAAGAACUGGCAGACUCGCAGGGCGUGAAGAUCUUCCAGGCGGAUAUUAUUUAUCACUUGUUUGAUAAAUUCACCAACUACAGGGAAGAACUGAAGCAACGUAAACGGGACGAGAAUAAGCACAUCGCCGUAUUCCCGUGCAAGCUAAAGAUUCUGCCGCAGUACAUAUUCAACUCGAGGGAUCCGAUCGUGAUGGGCGUGAUGGUCGAGGCUGGAAUCGUCAAGGAAGGAACGCCACUCUGCGUCCCGAGCAAAGACUUUGUUGAUUUGGGCAUGGUAACUAGCAUAGAGUACAAUCAUAAGUCUGUGGAAUCGGCCAGGAAAGGUCAAGAGGUUUGCAUCAAAAUUGAGCCCGUACCGGGAGAAGCGCCGAAAAUGUUUGGUCGUCACUUUGAAGCGAAAGACUUUCUCGUCAGCAAGAUAAGCCGGCAGAGCAUAGACGCGUGCAAGGAGUACUUUAGAGAUGAUCUGUUGAAAACCGAUUGGCAACUCAUGGUGGAAUUGAAAAAACUCUUCCAGAUACUCUAAGAUAUGAUGAGGAUCAUGGCAGCGACAUUAUCCUAAGACCUCUUGCUUUUCCGGCGCCUGCUCGGCAAAAAGAUCGGAUCGUCAAUGAGUUCUAUGAUAUCGCGAACCGAAUCUCCUGCAUAGUCGUCCCAAACAUCACAAGGAUAUUAUUAUAAAAUACGCAUCUACAAUAUGACGUACGCUGGAACUUAUCCUUCCUUCCAAUUUCGAAUCGACGUUUCUUUCAUCCUUUCAUGCUUUCGCCGAAAGUACCCGGCGUUUAGACUUAUGUUGAAGAGCAUGCUACAAAAAAAAGGAUGCGAGAACGAAUUUCAAACUCGCCUAUGUCUUUGAAAACGCAUGUUUGGCUCGCAAAGUUUCAAGGAUGAUCGAUGAAGGAGAUUCGAUCGUUGGAUUCGGCAAUUGCAUUUGGAAUAUUUACAGACUAUAGCUUAUCGCGAAACAGUACUCUCAUAUUCUUUCGACAACAAGAAUGAAGAAAAGGUAAAAACAGUCGCAUCGGAGACGAAGCUUUUUUGAAAGUGUGCGAUCGCGAAAAGGAGAGAGUCACUCUUGAUGGAAUGUCGUGGGUGGCAACGAUGUUGUAGAUACGUGAAGAAGCGAAGAUACAGGAAGAGGAGAGAAAAAGAAGAGAAGAGGAAACGAAAAAAAAAAAAAACAAA